UGCCACUUCCCAAUCGGUAUUCCAGCCGUGGAUUGGUUAGAGUACGCAGUGGCGUCUGGCUGCUGCUUGUUAGCGUGUUAACGUGAGAUUCUAACUUAUACUGCAGAGAAAUAAAUUAUCGAGUUUAUUUCAAGUGACAUAAAAUGUAAAACAUCGUCUAUUAUAAAAUUGUGACCAAUAAAACAUUUCACAAUGAGGACCAGAGUUCUUCGUUGCCGGCCCUUCUCAACCCGUAUCCUGGUGUUGAUGCUCUUUGUCCUGGCUUUUGGGGUCUACUGCUACUUCUACAACACAUCUCCUCAAGACUACACCAAGCCAAGGAGCAGCCUUAUCGGCAGCAACGAAGAGAUCAACUUGAAAUCGCCGCCGUUUUUCCAUGAACUGAUUCGACAUGACGAGCCUACCCCGGAACAGUGCCCAGCGUUGAAGGAGAGCGUCGCCGACAUCGACACUGUUGCCAUUUACCCUUCGUUCGAAUUCCAGCCAAGCUGGUUGCGUACAAAGGAAUUUUGGGACAAGUCCUUUGAGGAACGAUAUGAAAAGAUACACAACGAUACCCGCCGGCCUAGAUUGAAGGUUAUUGUGGUACCGCACUCUCACAACGACCCCGGAUGGCUGAAGACCUUCGAGCAGUACUUCGAGUGGAAGACGAAGAGCAUCAUCAACAACAUCGUCCACAAACUGUAUCAGUACCCGAACAUGACCUUCAUCUGGACAGAGAUAUCAUUCCUGAACGCUUGGUGGGAGAGGUCGCAUCCUGUCAAACAAAAGGCAUUGAAGAAGUUGAUUAAAGAGGGUCGACUUGAGAUCACCACCGGCGGAUGGGUGAUGCCCGACGAAGCUUGCACUCAUAUCUACGCGCUAAUCGACCAGUUCAUUGAAGGUCAUCAUUGGGUAAAAACGAACCUCGGCGUCAUCCCGAAGACCGGUUGGUCGAUCGAUCCAUUCGGUCACGGACCAACGGUGCCUUACUUGCUGGACAAAAGUGGCCUGGAGGGAACAAUUAUUCAAAGAAUUCAUUACGCUUGGAAACAAUGGCUGGCCGAACGACAGAUCGAAGAGUUUUAUUGGAUGGCAGGAUGGGCGACCAAGAAACCGUCAAUGAUUGUACAUAACCAACCCUUUGAUAUCUAUUCGAUUAAAAGUACGUGUGGCCCGCACCCCUCCAUCUGCCUCAGCUUCGAUUUCCGAAAGAUUCCCGGCGAAUAUUCGGAAUAUACCGCUAAACACGAAGAUAUCACUGCGCUUAAUUUGCAUACCAAGUCGAAAACCUUGGUCGAGGAGUACGAUCGCAUCGGUUCCCUUACCCCUCAUAAUGUAGUGUUGGUGCCCCUGGGAGACGACUUUAGAUAUGAAUACGGCAUUGAGUUCGACGCGCAAUACAUUAAUUACAUGAAAAUGUUCAAUUAUAUAAAUGCCAACAAAGAUGUGUUUAAUGCAGAAGUACAGUUCGGAACGCCAUUGGAUUAUUUUAAUGCCAUGAAAGAGAGACAUCAAAAUAUACCCACGUUAAAAGGCGACUUCUUUGUAUAUUCGGAUAUCUUUAGCGAAGGCAAACCUGCUUAUUGGUCUGGUUACUAUACUACAAGGCCUUAUUUGAAAAUUCUCGCUCGCCAAUUUGAACAUCAACUUCGGACGUCUGAAAUUUUAUUCACACUCGUCGCAAACUAUAUCAAACAGGCGGGUAGUCAAGGACUUGUAGCUUCUGAAAAGAAGUUAGAGAAAUCAUACGAACAACUUAUUUACGCAAGAAGAAAUCUGGGUCUGUUCCAACAUCACGAUGCCAUCACUGGUACAUCUAAAGCCAGCGUAAUGUACGAUUAUGGAACCAAGUUGUUCACCAGCUUGUAUCACUGUCUCCGCUUACAAGAAGCUGCUCUCACUACUAUUAUGAUUCCCGAUCACACCUUGCACUCGCAAAGUAUUCUACAAAGCGAAGUUGAAUGGGAAACAUACGGAAAGCCAGUUAAGAAGUUGAAAGUGUCCUACGUGGAUAAGAAAAAAAUUGUUCUCUUCAACCCGUUGGCAGAGAUCCGGACUGAAAUCAUUUCGGUGCGUGCAAAUACGUCAAACAUUCGAGUUUAUGACACGCGCAAGAAACAACGUGUUAUGUACCAGAUAACGCCAAGCAUCGAUGUGCUUGAUAAUGGCAAGCGAGUUGUAAGCGAUGUUAGCUUCGACGUUAUGUUCGUAGCUACUAUCCCGCCACUAACAUCGAUAACGUUCAAUCUAGAAGAGCACACAAAUAAGUCCGCUCAUUGCGUUAUUUUCUGCAACAAUUGUGACGAGACACCAAAGUCUGAGGUAUUCACCACCAAGAAAAUGAUGCCUGGUGAUAUACAACUAGAAAACACAGUGCUGAAGCUUCUUGUCAAUAGAAACACUGGAUUUUUGCGACAGGUGUACCGAAAGGACAUAAGGAAGAAGACUGUCGUAGACGUUCAAUUUGGGGCAUAUCAAAGUGCACAAAGACACUCUGGAGCCUAUCUUUUCAUGCCGGACUACGAUUCUCCUGAGAAAAAUGUACUCCAUCCUUAUUCCAGCUCGAAUUCCAUGCAAGACGACAACAUAAUCAUUGUGUCUGGGCCAAUAUCCACCGAAAUUACAACAAUGUAUCUGCCAUUUUUAGUCCACACCGUGAGAAUUUAUAACGUCGAAGAUCCAGUGCUCUCUCGCGCGAUUCUCAUUGAAAAUGUUGUUGAUUUCGAAAGUCCACCAAAAAAUAGAGAAACGGAGUUGUUUAUGCGACUACAGACUGAUAUACAAAACGGGGAGCCUCCGGAAUUUUACACCGAUCAGAACGGAUUCCAAUAUCAAAAACGAGUGAAAGUUGACAAACUUGGCAUCGAAGGAAAUUACUACCCAAUAACGACUAUGGCGUGGCUUCAAGAUGAGGAGACUAGACUGACUCUGAUCACCAACCACGCACAAGGCGCCGCUGCCUUUGAACCUGGGCGCUUGGAAGUGAUGCUCGACCGGCGAACUCUGUACGAUGACUUUAGAGGCAUCGGUGAGGGAGUCGUCGAUAACAAACCGACCACAUUCCAAAACUGGCUUUUACUUGAGUCGAUGCCCGGCGUCACACGAAAUAAGAGAGACACGAGCGAGAAAGGAUUUAAGUUCGUAAACGAACGUCACUUCAGCCCUGACCAAAAGGAGAGCGCAUAUCAACUACCAUCUCAGACCGCUGAAUACUUGAGCCGGUCGAUGAAUUACCCCGUCAAUGUGUUCUUGCUGGACACGAGCGAAGUGGGUGACAUUGAAGUGAAAUCAACUCAAUCGUUUCUGCAAAACUUCCCUGCCGGGAUACACCUGCUGACCCUGCGUACUAUCACCGACGACGUCCUGGAACUGUUCCCCAGUUCCGAGUGCUACAUGGUCCUGCACAGACCUGGCUAUAACUGCGCUGUCGGAGAGAAGCCCAGGAAGAAGUCCGCCAAGUUCUCGUCCAAGACCAGGUUCAGUGGCCUCAACAUACACAACAUCACUUCGAUGAGUCUGACCGGCCUGAAGAAGUACCGCGCUCUCACUGGCUUGAGCGACAUCGAGAUAGACCCGAUGGAAGUAAAAACAUUUAAGAUCAGGUUUUAAAGACUGUUAGUAGUAAAUAGGUGUAACACAUUUGUAAUUUUAUAAUAAUUUACAAACUUCUAGUGAACUUACUUGCCAGAACACGCUUCGGCAAAGCUUAUGAUAUUUAAAUGAAGUUAGUAGAAGGUGAAACAUUGAUGUUACUCUAGAAUAGUUUCAUCUUAACCGACCGCGUAAGUAUAUCACUAUCUAUUAGUGGAAUAGUUUUCGAUUUUCACACAAUACGCACUCACAUUGAUUCAUAGUAGUUUGCCCUGUUAAACCUUGAUAUCAUAUUGAAAUAUAAUAAUUUAUUUUCGUCGACCUGAUUAUGUAACUAUUUAAGUUUAGUGCAAAUCUCGACUACUAGUUAAAUCUACCUCAGGACCAAAUGUUAUACUUGUUCAUCUAUUGAUUCUAUAAAAAUGAUUAAUUAUAAUAGUUCAAUUAAUUAUAGUCUAUUUGAAUCUAUGAAUAAAUUAUUGUUCUUUAAAGCAUUCUUUUGUAUAAUAAUUAUUUAACAUACAUCGUAACGUUUAAGUUGCGGCUGUUGCUCUUCGUUUGUAUUCCAACUUUCAGUCAUAAUAUAAUUUGUUACAUUCAUAAUAGGUUGCUGUGAUAAGCGUUCAUGACAUGACUAAAAUAUUUUUUUGAUGAUUUAUAUUUUAGUUACCGAUUUAGUAAAAUUAAAUUCGUGUUUGCUGUUGUUUAAUUGUCUUAUUGGCGUUUCUUUUUUCUGUAAUUAAAGUCAGUUUUUUUUUUGUAUCGGACUGUUGGUAUGUUCUGUAUGUUUGUAACAAAGGUUGUGUUUCUUAUUUUUUGAAAUGAUUUAACUUUAAGUUUAAAAGUGAUAUUUGAGUUACAUUUAAUAUAGUA